AAUUCAUCUCUCUCUCUCUCUCUAUAUAUAUAUAUAUAAAUAUAUAAGUAGUCGUUUAGCGAUUCAUUUAAGAGACUUAUUUUGCAGGAUUCGUCCAAGUGGGUAUUGUUUUUGCAGAGACACUAAUAUAAAACAUGGCGGAGGAAGACGACAACGAUGGAUGUCUAGAUUUGGUUAUAUCUGAGCUACCCAAAGCGAGUGGUUGGAGAAAAGAUGGCUUAACCUUGUACCAAAAUUGUUGGUUCCCAUCCAAUAUCAUUCCCAACAUCAUCUCCUUCCAAAAACAGUUCAAAGCCAAAGACAAAGAGGAAGACAAAGACAUAAUAAUCAUGGCUUCCUUUCAAAAAUCAGGCACCACUUGGCUCAAGUCCCUCUUGUUUUCCAUUCUCAACCGCAGCCAAGACUACAGUGAGCACCACCCUUUGCUCACCACUAACCCUCAAGCCCUUGUGCCGUCUUUGGAGUUCACAGUUUAUAAUCCCAAUCCCCAGAUGAUCAAUAAUAUUGACAACAACUUGAGUAGUAGAGCUAUGUCUACACACAUUCCCUAUGCAUCUCUUCCUCGUUCCAUAACGCAGUGUUGUUCCAAGUACCCUCGUAUCGUUUACAUCAGCCGAAACCCUCUCGAUGUGAUCGUGUCUUUGUGGCAUUUUGCGAAUGCUCACCCGGACCGCUCGCGCGACUGGACUAGUGUUGGAGAUUUUGUGGACAUGUUUUGCAGCGGAGAGAUCAACUUUGGGCCUUACUGGGACCAUGUUUUGGGGUACUGGAAAGCGAGCUUGGAGAGGCCUGAGAAAGUGUUGUUUUUGAAGUAUGAGGACUUGAAAGAGGACGGUGUUGGUCAAGCCAAAAGGGUUGCAGAGUUCGUAGGGGUUCCUUUCUCUCGAGAGGAAGAGAGUGGUGGAGUUGUUGAGCAAGUUUUGGAGAUGUGUAGUUUUGGUAAACUCAAGGAUUUGGACGUGAAUAAGCAUGGCCAACUCAGGCCUAACUUUGAUAAUAAACUCUUCUUUAGAAAAGGUCAAGUGGGUGAUUGGGUUAACCAUCUUACUCCAUCUAUGGCAGACCGUGUCAACGAGAUAAUCAAGGAAAAAUUUAGUGGUUCUGGUCUGUCAUUCAGAAAUAUGUCUUAGUAUUAGAUUUUUCAGAUUUGAAUUAAUUAAUAAUGGAAUAAUGUGCAUCAUCACAUAACACAUAUGUAGACAAAUAGAAAGUGAUGAUAAGAAACGAUUAUUUUAAUUGUAUUCAUUUUCUUAGGUAGCUUAGUGGACGCUCCUUAGUUCUAUCAUUUGAAAGAAAGAAAAUGUUUGAUGUGUGACAACAGUUUGUGAAAGGAGAUAGUGAAUUUACACCAAACCACGGUUCAUAAUUGAAAUUGUAUUAUUGUAUUUCUCUCAUUCUCAUUAAUCAAUCAACUCUCUCUGGCUCUUUCCUGGGCUUGGUAACGAAGUCAAA